AUGGUUGCACGGCUACAUGAGCGACUGCUUGUGGCGCCGAUGACGCCCUCGACGGCGGCGGAGGUGUUGUGCACCGAGCACCCCUGCGCGGACACCGGCGUCACCGCACAUUUGGUAAACUGCCUGGAGGGCAACGGCAUUCUUCUGCCGCUACCGGCGGUGCUGGCGCUGGUGCGUUGUGGGUACCGUCAUGUGCCGGGGUCGGACCACCACGCGGCUCUGAGGAGUCAGUGGGCCCCCAUGGAGGAGACACUUUUCACCGCGCUUUGGAUUCGGUUGCGGAGGCUGCGGACGGAGGAGGGCACCGCGUGGGGCCAUGUGCUGCCAUUCCACUCCGGCGUGAAGGCCACAACGGGGCAUGAAGGAUGUGGGUUGCAUUCAUCGAACGCACUUUUACAGACACUGUCGCUUUUGGUGGAUGUGGCAACUUUUGUCCAUCACUCCUCGCUCUCUUCAAAGGCGCGUCGUCUGCAUCUUUUGGCGGAUGCCGUUUUGCCGGCGAUGCGUCAGAUCGAAGGGGUCUGGCAUCACUUAAAUGAACCGAAUGCACCUGUUGCCGUCCCACCGGGGCAGCUUCAGGAAAUACGGCAGCUGGCCGGGAAGUGCCUGCGCUUGUAUGGGAAAUACAUCCUCUCAUUUCAUCUUGUCUUGUCUGAGAUGUUGUUUGCUGGCAUUUCAGCAUUGUCACAGACGUUGCAAGACAGCACCCGGGAUGCGGCAUGUGUAACGGCUCCUACAGUGUUCAAUGCGUUAUCCGAGAUGCGGGAAGUGCUGGUGGGUUCUCUUAGUCGCACAGAGUGUGAGCGGCCGUACUUGGCCGGAUCAAUGGAGCGCUGGAUGGAGUUCGUGGUGCAACUCGCGGAAGUCUUUACAUCGGAGGUUACGUUGCAGCUGAAACGUGUUCAUGCUGAUGGUACUGCAGCGAAUUUUCACGAGCUCCGCGCCCUACACGUGGAGGCGCUGAAUACGUUUUCAAUUCUACUUGUAACUUAUCACCGCCGUGUUGCAGUGGAGUCGAUGCCGGCGGCGUGCGGCGGCAUCUUGGAGAAAGGCCUUGGUGUGUUGCGGCAACUGCUGCGGCUGCUGAUCUUGCGACACAGUAACACAACGACGCCCUCAUUCUCCUUGCAGUUGAGCUCGACCCGCAGCAGUGACACUGGGGACUACGCGUUGACGGUGAGGGCGUGGUGCGCGUGCUGUGAGGCGGCUCAGGUGCUGUAUGCGUUCUCUGUUUCCUGUGAGAACUGCAGCGGGGCCAACGAGCAUGACGACGCUGAAGUGCGCUCUGCCCUUUUGCGUCAUGCCCUGCACCGCCUCAUCUUCUUGCGUGCCAGUGGCGUUGGUGACCAUACUGUGCCGCCAAUCACGUUUUACUUGACGCUUGUGCGAGCGCUGCGUUCAUGGCGGGGUGCGCCGAGUGCCACGGAGUGCGUUUCAACGAGCGCGUUGUGGGAUGCCGCACGUGCCACGUUGCCGGGCAGUCUUGCCGCGUCGCCGCCUCCCGUCAGGCUUGUGGUUUUAUUUUUGGAGGAGCUGUGCGACAGUAUGGCUCUCAAUGUCCCCGUGACACCGAAAUUAGCAUCGCCCCGCAUAAGGAAGGAAGCGGCUGUGGUGCAAGCGGCUAGGCGCGCGAUGUGGGGUAACUGCCUGAGCCACGUGAAUGACAGACUUAAUCUGGGGAACACUGCCAACUUGGACGAUGACGUCGCCUUUGCCCGUGGCAUGUUGCACAUUGGUGCAGCAGCCAAUUCGGUGCAGGCAGGUGCGGUUGUUGGUCUCUUUGAGAAUCAUCUCUUUCUUCUUGGCCGACUCCGUGACAUUUUGCUGCCUGUGGAACGUGGCAUGCGUCUUUGCCUUGAUGCCGUGAAGGAUCUGCAGGGGGAGGUGCGCAGCAACAGGAAGGUAGAAGAAGAGGACGAAGAUGAUGAGAACGACUAUCGAGCGAUUCUUUCUGGUGGGGCGUAUUGGUUUGUGUGCGAGGCAUGUCUGAGUGGGCGGCUCUGGCACAAGGCGGAAGACGUCAUCGCGGGCUCCUCACGGGGCAGCUGCCACUGUGUGUUGCGCUACCGCGGCACCGCCGACAUUGUUACUGCCUACGUGGAGUUCUUUGUCCCUGUGCUCGUGCACGGCCGGAAGACGACAUGUGGCUCGAACCCGCUAGAGGAACCGUUUGUUGCUUUACGGUCUCUGUAUAUGUACAAGACAGUUUUUUCUUCUGCAGCUGCUGUGGCUGCAGUGGAUCAUGGUGAAUUGAAUACAUCUUUGCAGGAUACAAACGACACGGCGCCCUCGUUCACAUCAGCCGUUUCAUUUCUUAUUGAAUGUCAUCAACAACUUCUUCUGCUCCCACCAGGCAGUGUAUUGCCGUCGCAUGCAUGCCGAAUAUUGCGCGCCAUGUUUGCGGUAUCACCGCAUCUCUUUGUAUGUGUGCCGGAACUUUCACAGUUUCUACUGCACCGCCUCUUUGAGAGACCUACAAGGACCGUUGCUGCAGCAGCUGCUACCGUGAUGAAGGACACCGUCAUCUGGAAGGAGGCUGUGCGUGAGGGCGCAUACAGUCUCAUUGAGUUGGCUGACCCACGUGAGCUGUGGGAGAUGCUUCUCUGGACAUGCGCGGCGAAGAUUGCUCGACUGAGCGUUUGCUUUCCAUCUGGCGUGCACGGCUGUGGUGCUGAAAACGGCUCUGCUCUCUUGUCAAGGGCCGCCUCAGACGUUCGAUUGGACGAAGAUGCUGAGGAGACGCUCCGCCUGCUGUACGGCAUGAAUGAUGACAGUGACGACAUCUUCUUCACAGCAAGACGGCAAGUGCUGCGGCGGGCGCUUCAGUUAUUGCGGGGCUGA